AUGAGCCGAUGCUAUCGACCGGAGGUUUCAAAAAAUGCUUGGGAAGCACGACUGUAUCGGGUUCAUGAGUUCACAAAGAUUGAAAUGUAUGCGGUUUGUGACGAUAAGCAGAGUGAUGGUAUUCUGGAUGAAUUUGUUAAUUUGCAAUGCGAAAUAUUUGAAUCGCUUGGUUUGCACUGCAGAUUACUGGAUAUGCCAACUGAAGAAUUAGGCGCCCCGGCGGCUCGUAAAUUCGACGUUGAAGCAUGGAUGCCGGGUAGGAAGGUUUUUGGUGAAGUGUCAAGUGCAUCAAAUUGUACUGAUUUUCAGUCGCGAAGAUUGGGUUCGUAUUUUGUUUGA